AGUUGGCUAUGAUAACCUGUAUUUUGGUUGUUAAAAAGGGAUAGCUUUUAGAAAUAUAUAAAAAUAUAGAGAGAAUGAAUAUGAGAUGUCAAAUCUCAUUCUAGCUCACCAUAAAUAGGGAUUUUAUGCAGUCUUCAGAGUGUAAUUUUGUUUCACAACUCUGUCUCUCCCUCGCUUCUUUAGCCUUCCAAGAUAUAAAGACAGCAAAAAGUAAUUCUCUCAGAGAAGCUCAACGAGACUCCCUUCAUCUCUGCCCUCAGCAUCAGAAAUGGAUUCAUACAAACAAAUUUUAGGCGCAGAAGGAUGCAGCAGCAGCGAAUCUGGGUGGACAACGUACCUUGCCUCUCCCGUGCAAGAAGAUGAGGAUGACGAGGGCAGUUAUGAUGGUAAUAACUACAAGGCUCAUAAUAUGAGUAACAAUUAUCACUACGCUGCUGCUGCUGAUGAAGUCAGUGAUGACUCAAUGGCUUCUGACGCUUCGUCCGGUCCCCAUCAUCAAAACACCCAUGAGAACGGUCGUGGAACAGUACAUUUUAAGCACAACAAGGGCGGUCAUUUCAACCUCCAAUCUUCCUCAGCCAAAAAAACAGGGAAAAAGGACAAGAAGGGUGAUAAAAACAGUGCUAAAAAGAGCCGGAAACUUGAUGCUCAAAGAAAACACUAGUGGUCCUAUUAGCAGAGAGCAAGAUUCUUACAACUCGACGUCACAGACAGAUGAGAACAUGUAAUUUUUCUCAUAAAUGUUCUUAAAGUGAGGAAACAUACUCCAGAUAUUUUCUAUCCAAAACUUUUAUGUUCCAUAUUCACUGUAUUCAUGAAAUAAAUUGUGAGGCUGCACAGUCAAGAGAAACAAAAUAUAGGAACCAUUUCUCAUUUAA